GAGGAUCACGCAUCCUCUCCUGCCAUUUUUGUGCUACUGGCUAGCUUGCUAAGCGAAAGGGGUCUCCAUCAGCAGGAGGCAGACGAGACUGCAGGCGGUAGAGAAAGGCGGUUGAAAUAAGGGACGCAACCUUCCCUGGAGAGUCGGAGAGCUCUUCCAUACAGGACACCAUUAUUUGAAAGCUGUACAAUGUCGGAUUUUGACAGCAACCCGUUCGCAGACCCGGACUUCAGUAACCCCUUUCAGGAUCCGUCAGUGACACAGGUGACCCGGUCUGCCCCUCCAGGUGGUCUGGAGGAGUAUAACCCAUUCACAGACUCUAGAACGGCAGCCCCUGGAAAUGCCUCUAAACCGACUCCUGCCCCUUCCCAGAACACACAACCUGCCAUCAUGAAGCCCACAGAAGAGCCGCCUGCUUAUUCACAGCAACAGACUCAGCGGCAUAAUGAGGACCAGGCACGUGCUCAGGCUGAGUUGUUGAGGAGGCAGGAGGAGUUGGAGAAGAAAGCAGCAGAACUCGAUCGUCGGGAGAGAGAGUUACAGUCCCAUGGAGCUGCAGGCCGAAAGAACAACUGGCCUCCCCUGCCAGAGAAGUUUCCCGUUGGGCCUUGUUUCUACCAUGACAUCGCAGUGGACAUUCCUAUAGAGUUUCAGAAGACUGUCAAGAUCAUGUACAACUUGUGGAUGUUUCACACAGGUACACUCUUCGUGAACAUGUUCGGCUGCCUGGCCUGGUUCUGUGUGGAUGCAUCCCGUGGGGUAGAUUUUGGCCUGGCCAUGUUAUGGUUUCUGCUCUUCACACCUUGCUCUUUUGUCUGCUGGUACAGACCACUUUAUGGGGCUUUCAGGAGUGACAGCUCAUUCCGCUUCUUUGUCUUCUUCUUUGUCUAUAUCUGUCAGUUUGGUGUUCAUGUGCUGCAGACUAUUGGCAUCACAGGCUGGGGAACAUGUGGAUGGAUUGCAGCUUUAACCGGUCUGAACACCAGCAUCCCUGUAGGCAUCAUCAUGUUGCUUAUCGCAGCCCUGUUCACUGCUCUAUCUGUGGGCUCACUCAUCAUGUUUAAAAAGGUGCAUGCACUGUAUCGUACCACCGGUGCUAGUUUUGAAAAGGCCCAGCAGGAGUUUGCAACCGGGGUCAUGUCGAACAAGACCGUUCAGACUGCAGCUGCCAACGCUGCAGCCAACGCCGCCUCCAACGCCGCCCGCGGGGCCUUCAAAGCUCACCCCUAAAGUGACACAAAGAUACAUAACACAUGCUCACACACACACACACACACACACACACACACAGACACACAGACAAGACAGAUAAUGUUGGAGAUGCACAACUCUGCCCCUGAGAGUGAAUACUACUCUGUUAAGAUGGUUUUCAAGAGUCACAGAACGCAAAUAAUAAGAGAGACCUACAGGGGGCAGAGUUGUUCACCUUCACUUGGAAUCAACUAUCCCUUCUAUCCUCCCUGUCUGCCUUUCAGUCAGGUGUCCAUCAGCUCACAUCACCUAGAUCUAAGUGACCCAAGGUCUGGGUGUGUGUGGCUGUUCAUUUCACCCUCCCCCCACUCCUUUGCUUUCGUUGUUCUUCUGUCCCCUCAACAAUUUUCCUAGUUAAGGCAGAACUCAACGUCUAGCAUACCUUAUUAUGUUUGUCAUGGUGUGAAGACCUACAGUGUCUGCAGAUCCCCGCCUGAUAAACGCAGUCAUGGAAAAGUGAUAAUCUGAUCAUGGUGUUUUGCACAUAGUUCUGUUUUCUUGCUCGUGUACCAAACGUACAGUGUAUGUUUGAAGGGGUGGGUUGGUGUGUGAGUCCAUAUUUCACAUUAAGAACAUCGCAGAGCUCAUCUGUGUGGAGCUAAUAUCCUGCCAAAGCUUCAUAAAAAGAGUUUUACAAGUUUUCACCUGCAAACAGUGGUUUUCACAUGGACAUCAUGAUUAACAGUCAUAUUUCUAACACAUCAUGCCUCAGGAACAACUGCAGUGUUUGUUGCAAGGACAAAAAAAAUACAUCCUACAAACACAAAAAUGACUUCUGUGUUUGCUGAUGAUUUUUUCCACAACAGUAGGUGGUGUUAUAAGUCUGUGUAAGGCCACAGGUGUUAUUCUGAGUUCUGCCAAAGUUAGUCUGCCAAAUAAUGCACCCCUUUUAGGUUUGCUUUCAGGCAAAAGGAUUCAGCACUGUUAAACUUUGUGAUUUUUUUGUUUGUUUGUAGGAUACUCUUUUUGUAAUUGUAUGUACAACUGUAACAACUUUUUUCACAAUCACCAUAUUGCAGUUAUUUGAGCUAACUGUUUUUUGUUUGAUUUUUGGAUAAUCAGGAUAAGCAUAACCGUUCAGCUGUUUUCCACCAUUUGAGGAUUGACUGGUUCUGGUUUGUCAUUUUGUUAUUCCUGCUUCUUCUUGAAGCUCUUAAAGUGUAACACACAUGUUACUUGUCAACUACAGAUCAUUAAUGCCUAACAAAAUGAAAAUGUAAAUUCAUACAUUUCUGUCAGGUCACAACUUAUUAUUUAUAGCUUCUGUGGUUCAAAGGAUGAAAAUGUGCAGAAGAGCGUUUCUGUCUGCUGCUCUGACAUCUAAAGUUAGUACAAUGAAUGAUAGGCCAAACAGGCUUUAUUCGAACAGUUUUGGCAGGAAAUUAUCUCCAGACAGUUUUUUUAUAUAAUCCAGUGCUUGGUCAUCCAGAUCUGAAAUGUAAAUGUCCUAUAUCAAUGCUUUUAUUCAGAGACAAACACCAUUGUGGCCAUGGUAAAGUUGAUUUCAUAUGGCUAGGAAUAUGUGUAUGUGUGUUCUUCUUUAAGGACCUGCCUCCAGCCCCUUAACAGUGAAACCUUAAACUGUUAACUCCCAUUCAAAGUAGGCGGGGUCAGCAUCUCUGUGGCUUAAUACAAUUUGACAGCAUGAUAAAGAAGACAUGCAUGUUUCGCACAUACAAGAUUACUUUGGCAAGGUCAUUGUGUCCACUGUUAGCCUUUUUCUGGCUACAGGUGUAGCUGGCUGGGAAUGUCAGCCUUCUUAUUUUCUAGUGGUUUGUGUAAGAAGUGAGCGGUGAAGCUUUUUGCAUGUCCUCGUGGCUGUUUGACUGAUUGACGGAUCUAUUUAUGAAGAAGCACUGAACACCCAGGUCAGCAGGUCAUCAUUUCUCUCCAUAAAGUUUUAGAAAAGUGUCCAGUCUGUCUGGAUGCUUUCAUGACCUGGUGCACUAAAGGGGGGGGGGGGGGUGGACUUGAGAAAUGUCUGCAUUUUCCUUUACAUUAACAGGCUACUGUGUAACUUCCCUUCAGUUGUUUUGUAGCUCUUAAAAACUAACGCUGCUAUGUGUCUGAGAGCCGCUCGGUUGCAACAAUUAAUAA